UUUCCCAGGACAGUCUAUACAGUACACUGGUAAGAAGUUGCUAACAUGCAGUAUAAAUACAAGCCUGCUGUUAACACAAGAUUUAGGCACACACUACAUACUCUACAGUCAUGAGGAGGCUGGUGGUUCUUGUUUUUGUGGUAGCUAGUGCCUACGGAUGUGGCCUUCCUACUGUCCCUCCUGUCCUGAGCAGGGUGGUGGCAGGAGAGGACGUCAGGCCUCACAGCUGGCCCUGGCAGAUCUCGCUCCAGUCAGACAGCAGUGGGCGCUGGAGGCACGUCUGUGGAGGCACCCUGCUCUCUUCUGACUGGGUCCUCACUGCUGCACACUGCAUCAAUGGCCGCUACAACUACAGAGUGGAGCUGGGUAAACACAGCCUGAAGACGAGUGAGGAGGGCUCGAUGGCUCAGGGGGCAGCCAAAAUCAUCACUCAUGAGGACUACAACACCAUGCUCAGCCGUAAUGACAUCGCCCUGAUCAAGCUGUCUUCCCCUGUUACCUUCUCUGACACAAUCAUGGCCGCCUGCGUCCCAGACCGCGGCGUCGUCCUGCCUCAUGGGGCUCCCUGCUAUGUCACCGGCUGGGGUCGACUCUCCACCAGCGGUCCUCCGGCUGACAUCCUGCAGCAGGCUCUCCUGCCAGUGGUUGGCCACGCUACCUGCUCACUGCCCGACUGGUGGAGCGUCCUGGCAACAGACAAGAUGGUCUGUGCUGGGGGUGACGGCAUCACUGCUGGCUGUAAUGGAGACUCUGGUGGCCCCCUGAAUUGCCAGAACCCUGAUGGCUCCUGGGAGGUCCACGGCGUGGUGAGCUUUGGUUCUGGUCAGGGCUGCAACGUCUUCCAGAAGCCCACUGUGUUCACACAAGUCAGCUCCUACAUCAACUGGAUCAACACAGUGAGAACAUUUUCAUUUUGUGAUUACCUUGCCAGCAUAAACAACAUAAUACGAAGCCAACAAAAGCCUCAGCUUUCAAAAACAGGAAGUGUAUUAUAAUUGUUUCUAUUGUUUACUCUGCAGGCUAUGACCAACUACUGAAGAAGCUAUUCAAGUGCUUUUGUCAGCAAUAAGAACAACUGUGAUUUA